CCCUGUCCCUCUGCCCCGACGCCCUUCCGGGCCCCAAGUCCUUCUGCAAUGCUUCUGGUCGCACUCCUGGGGUGGCCACAGCGGCCUCUCUCUGGCGCCCGCUGACGUGAGGGGGCCCCCUCCGCGGUCUGUGGGCUCCCGGAGGACCCGCCUGGUCUCCAGAAGCUGCGCAGGGUGGUGCACAGGGCAGGGGCUCUGUAAGCACCCCGGCCUGGCAUCCUGGGCCCCCUCCCCGCCAUCCCACCCCCUCCAAGCUGGGCGUUACCAGACUGCUGAGACCUGAGGCUGGCUAGAGGCCCUGCAGAGGAAACCAAAUUGCUUCCUGUCAGGCGGCCUGUGUGCCCGGCCCGCUCUCCACAUGGGGACGGGGGCAGAGCGGUUCCCAGCCCUCCCCUGGUCCCACAGGCCGGCAGGCUCUCUGGAAGCACCAUCACUGCCAACGUUUGGGGCCAGGUAAUUCUUUGUGGUGGGGGAGGGGUGUUGUGUGCAUUAGGGGACGUGUAGCGUCACCCGUGGCCCCCCAGCCCCAGACGUUAGGAGCGUCCCGCCCCAGUUGUGAAACCAAGAAUGUCCCCUUGGGUGAGACAUUGUCCUGCCUGGGGACCACCGGGGAGGCCCUGGCCUGGUCGUGCUGCAAGGGGGAGAUGGUGGCCGGGGGUCUCCAGAGGCAGGAGGAAUCCGGUGGGAAGGACCAGGUUUUUGUCUCCCGUCUGGGGCCGACCUCGGCAGUGUGGGGACUGGAGGAACGAGCCAGAAAAGAAGGUGGACGCUGACGCACGGUGCUCCGUGAGCCUCACCACCUGGCUGCCUGGACAGCGCUUCCUGAAGUGGCCAGGGGAGGGACAGCAGGCGGGGGCCUCCUGGUGCGUUGGGGGGAUUCUUAGGUCCGUUUGUGUCCCGGGGCCGCGCGGCGCCCUCCGGCACAGUCCUCCCCGAACGGCCUGGUUCUGCACCUUCACGCGCAGCUCGCGGGUGCCCCGGUCGCCUCUGUCCCGCCAAGCGGGUGGCCGUCCUGCAGCGAAGGCCCACGGUCCUGCCGUGCCCCGCCCCCGACAGCACCCAGGACGUGAAGACCUCUGCUUUCUUCUGACGCUUAUUGCUCUGUUUGCCACUUGGUCCGCGACCCCCCGGAACAGGUUUUCUUGGGCGCAAGGGACCCUUUGUGGUGCCCCAAACGCCCCAUAAUCCGAGGGUGGGCGUCCUCCUCCGCCCACCCGGCAGCAGCUCUGACGUCAGGAGGCUGCACCCACGCGUAAUCUUUUGAGACUGGUUCCCACUGACGGGGAGGACGCUCAGGGCACGGUGGGUUCGGGGGCACCAAAGUGGAUGGGGUGCCGACCUGCGGCCCGUGGGGCUCGCGGACUGAAGAGACAGGCGGACAGACAGGGCCGACGGCUGGUCACAAGAGCAGGGUCCGGUGUGGCUGUGACCCCCUCUGCAGGGCUCCGGGAUCCUCUGCGUCCCCAGCAGGUAGAGGCGACACUGUGUGCACCCCCAAAACAUCACCCGAAGUGACACUUGAUACUUCCUGCUGAAUAGCUGGUGGCCCUCGGAGACUCCGGGCUGCCCAACGAGGCUAUUCGGCAUCACGACCUUCCCCCGGAAGGGCGGACCUCUGUCGGUGCGCACAGAGGCCAGGAGCCACGCCCAUCCUGCUUCCGGAGGCUGGACCGCGGAGGGGUCGCGGGGGCCUCCCCUUGUCCAUCACGCCCCGGGGGCCUCCCCCGGACGCCCCUCUCCCCAGCUCGUCUGGUCCCUAGGCUCCUCCGUGCUUUUCCCAGCUCGACCCCUUCUGGUCCACUUUCAUCCCAGGGCCUGCCGAGUGCACACCCCCCGACCCUGCCGGGUCAAAGAGAAGCUGGUGACCGAGUGUGCCCGAGGCAGCAUCUGUCCCCCUCUCUCUUAGGCAUCGGCAGACACAGCAGAGAUCACGCCUUCCAGUCUCCCCUGCAGCCAGGCGUGGCCACAGCACCGCAUUCCCCAGGAUGCAGGGCUGGAAGGACUGGGCCGGAAGUCUGGGACGCCUCCUUACAGGCUGGGGGCUCCACCAUCCUCCACUGUCCUCCUUCCUGAUGCGUGAAAUACAGCUGUGAAGGCCGGAGCUCAAGCAGCCACCUUUGACCACGAGAUCAGGCACCAGCUUCCCAAGGCUGUGGACGCUUCCGUGUCAGCUCCGAGAGAGAAGACCCCUGUGUGUUGAGCGUGUUUAUCCGUGGGGGUGGGGGCAGCCUGUCCUGGGCUGAAGGAGGGUUUAUGGUUCACACUCAGCGUGUGGCCCGGUGGCAACGAGGGCUUCCAAAUCACUGAGCUCUUGAGAUGGCCCCUCUCGGAAGCCCCGUUGCUCCCCCGCCUCCUCCCUCUCAGGGCCACUCUCUUCAGAGCCGCGUCUGGAGGAACUCCUGUCCUUUUAGGAGGGAGCCCCCGCAGCCCCCUGCCUUCCCCUCCUCCAUCACGACGGCCGAAGGCGGCAGAGCCACAGGAGGGUGGGGAGACGCGAGGAGUCAGGGAGGCUGGAAGGACCAUUCGGAGCAGCAGAAACAGAGCAUCCCAGCAAACAGGACCAGGCGUCCGCGGACAGACCGACGCCCACGACAAGGGAGGGUUUGUGCCAGGCACGUGGCGUGGGCAACCGACGGAGAAAGUGCACCUCGAGGGCAGGUCUAGGGAGACAAACCGUACGAUCAACCCCACAGAGGCAGCGUGGGCAACUGCUCAGAUUUGGGGCAAGUUUGGCAUCUUUCAGAACGAUGACCGUGCCUCACAGAGACACGCUGGAGAUCCGGAGACCCGUGAGCCUGGUCCCCCAGGCCCCGGCAGCCAGCCGUCGACAGCAGCCCAGCGUUUUUCGACACGGGAAUGGACACGCGGGGUGCGGUCCACCCGCACGCUGGGCGUCCCGACACCUGCUCCGGCACGGACCGAUGAGUCCUUGAUGAGAGAGAGAGAGAGACUAUGAGUGCUCAGCCACCUCUGGAGAGCUUCGCCAGAGGAACAUGCUGGGUGACGGUGCCUCCCACACACGCCGGCCAGCGGAUACGCGUGGAAGCGUCACGGAAGUGCAAAAUCGGCACUUAGCGAAGCAGGUGAAAUGUUGCCUUGGCGGGACUCCGAGUGACGCUAAGGCUCCCAGGGAGAGUUCAAGGCGCUAGGAGGAUAACGGACGCCCCAACCCCGCCGGCCAUCCUGGGCCCGCCCGUUUGCGGUUAGGAGAGUUUGAGAGCGAUCUCUGGACCCCUGCUACUUCCUGAAAGUUCACAGCUGAGCAUGAGGUCUGCCUCCCUGAGUCACUUUGAACUCUUGGAGCAAACUGCUCAGUAGGAUCCAGAAGACACAUGACAUGUACUAGCAACCGGAGUGCGUGUUAGAGCCUCUCUGAGAUCGGAGCAACUCAAGUAUGCCAGGGAACGACACCCUAGCGAGCGGCCCUGUCUCGGCGACCCCGUUUCCCGGCACGGGCCCCUGUAACGUGUCCUUCGAGGACAGCAGAGCGGUCCUGGUGGUGGCGUACAGCCUCGUGUGCCUGCUGGGCUUCCCGGCCAACUGCCUGACGGCGUGGCUGACGCUGCUGCAGGCGCGGCAGGGCAACGUGCUGGCGGUCUACCUGUUCUGCCUGGCGCUGUGCGAGCUGCUCUACAUCGGCACCCUGCCCCUCUGGGUCGUCUACAUCCAGAACCAGCACCGCUGGACCCUGGGCCCGUGGGCCUGCAAGGUGACGGCCUACAUCUUCUUCUGCAACCUGUACGUCAGCAUCCUCUUCCUGUGCUGCGUCUCCUGCGACCGCUUCGCGGCGGUGGUGUAUGCCCUGGAGACCCGAGGCCGCCGCCACCAGAGGACCGCCUUCCUCAUCUCGGCGUCCGUCUUCCUCGUCGUCGGCCUCAUCCACUACCCGGUGUUUGAGAUGGAAGACAGGGACACCUGCUUCGAGACGCUGCCCACCAACACCAGGGUCGCCAGCUACUGCUACUCCCGCUUCGCCGUGGGGUUCGCCGUCCCUCUCUCCGUCAUCGCGUUCACCAACCAGCGGAUCUUCAGGAGCAUCAAGCUGAGCACGGGCCUGAGCGCCGCCCAGAAGGCCAAGGCGAAGCGCCUGGCCAUCGCGGUGGUGGUCAUCUUCCUGGUCUGCUUCGCGCCCUACCACCUGGCGCUCCUCGUCAAGGCCGCCGCCUUUUCCUACUACAGGGGAGACCCGGGCUCCAUGUGCGCCUUCGAAGCCAACCUGUACACGACCUCCGCGGUGUUCCUGUGCCUGUCCACGGCCAACGGCGUGGCCGACCCCAUCAUCUACGUGCUGGCCACGGGCCACUCGUGGCAAGAGGUGUCCAGGAUCCACAGGGAAUGGAGGAAGUGCUCCACGAGGACAGAUGUUGUCAAGCUCACGUGUUCCAAGGACUCAGAGGAGGCGCCCCUGCCCACGACGCUCACUAACGGCCACACGAUCCCCAGGAUCGUCGAGUCCCCGGAGCCACAGCCGCGUGCGUGGGGCUCACCGUGCACCUUGGAGAGGCUGGGCGAAGAGUCCUGUUGAGCCCGCGUGGGAGCCCAGGAGCGGUGGCGUGGCUUCCCCGUCCGCUGAGCUUGCCAAUGAGUGCCCGCAGCGCUGGCCGAGAAGCCCCCCUCUGGGAAACCUGCCAGGAUCUCUCGUUCCUGGAGCCACGCUCUCCGUCGGCCCAUCAGGGUCCCGUCCCCCCAGGCUCCUCCCCCACCGGGCCGACACAGGAGGCGGCUCGCCCAGGCAGCGCGCGGCUGGCAGGCCGGCCUCUUCGUCCACACACAUCCCGGCCGGCUCACCCGGCCACUAGCAAACAGCAGGACUGUGGGCAGGGGCCGCGUGCCUGCCCGGUGCGGCCCUGCACGGUGCCGGUCACGCGCAGUGAUGACUUUAUUUCCCGUGCUUUUCUGCAAGCAGUGCUUGGAUGACCGGAUAGUACGGCAGGGGAUCUCUGUGCUCCGUCUCAGGAUGCCCUUCCCGCAGGGCCAGCUCGCUGUGGGACAGCCAAGGCCGACGAGGGGGCAGGAGCCCAGGCCGGAGGGCCCUCGGCCGGGCCGGCUCUGUGCCACGCAGGUGUGAGGUCGCGGGCUGCCGGGGACUCCUCGGGGGAGCCGUGGGCUGGGGCACCAACUGCUCUGACUUCAGCAGGGCAGCCGACGGGCCUCCUGUAAGGUGGCCCAGGUCGAGAGUGCUGGUGGACACUCAGCUAAAGGGUCAGACGCUCAGCUAAAGGGGCCCGGAGAACGGCUGGGCUUCAUUCCUUCACGUCAAGGCUUCCCGGCCUCAAUGCCAGGGGAGAGGCCGCCGAGGGCUUGCAACGGGGGGGGGGGGCUCAGGAGUGAGCAGGUGACGGCCCCAGGCCUCCAGCCCCUCCACCAGGUGCGGAUGGAGUGUGGGUGGAGCAUGGGACCCGGUCUGCCACGGGGCCCGAAAGUGGGCUCCCUGAAGACGCACAGCGUCGGGUCACAUCCGGGCUCGUCUAGGCCAGGUCACGUUGCUGCCUCGGUUUCCCUAUCCGUAACAAGGCCAACGACACCUACCGCACGCUGACCCACUACCUGUCCUUCGGGCACUUCACACACACCUGCAGCUCACGCCUCAAACAGGAGCCCGCGGGCUGUGCGCCCAGCGUGGGGGCCUGGGCACCCCGGGUCCCCCGGGCUGUGCCGGGCCGUCGUGUCACAUUGUGCUCUCGUUUCUGUCCGUGGUGGUUCUUUGUGGUGAGAGCCAUCGAAAAGAUACACUUGGAAAUAAAAAUGCGAAAAUACA